AGCAGCCCCCCAUCAAUUCAAUAAAUAAAAAUACUGAACUAAAAGCAGAAAUUGUAGAAAGAUUUUGAGAUCUUUCUAAGCACUUGGGGUCAAAAGAACGUGAUUUGAAACAACGGUUGUUGAAACAUCUCGUUCGGAAUCUGCUAGACAGAGCCAGAAGAUGAUGACCAGUGGCUGUCCUGGCCACCCCCACCCCACAACAUAAAUCAUCACUUGAAGUGUUUUAUGCUUGUGCAAAGGAGGGGGCAUUUUUUGAAACAGUUCCCUGGUUUUGGAACAUCCUAGAGGCUCGACUUGCAUAUUACAGUCUUUUGGACAUCAGGUUAAGACUUCCUUGCUUGCCCUGCCAUUUUGAAGGAGCUGUGUUUGGUGUUUAGCAGUUGUCUUUUAGUUUUUAUUGAAGGUAGGGGGGGUGCGCACGCUCUUAUGGCUUUUAUUUUGCUUUUAUUAAUGCAUUAGAUUACAGUGGAUGCUCAGGUUGCGAAUGUGAUCCGUGCAGGAAACACGUUCACAACCUGCACCACUUGCAACCUGCAGUGGCGAAUCUGCACACGUGCAGGUCGCAAUUUGGUGCUUCUGCGCAUGCGCAAGUGCUGAAACCCAGAAGUAACCCGUUCCGGUACUUCCGGGUUCGGCGUGGUGCACAACCCGAAAUCACACAACUCAAAGUGUCUGUAACCCGAGUUGAGAUCCACUGAUGUUGUCCCAGCAGAUGCCAGGAGGGGACGUGAGCAGGAAACCUGUGUCGCCAAAAGCACAUUGUCGAGAGAAGACAUCCCUGGAGGGAUGGAGCCCCAGAGGCCUGGCCUGGAACUAAGUCGCGGGAGACUGGCUGUGGGAGACUUUGUCCUAGCACUUCCCACCAAACCUGCCCCCAUCUCCUCCAGCGAGGGCCAGAAACCCUACAUGUGUACUGAGUGCGGGAAAGGCUUCGGCCAAAGCUCGCACCUUAUGCGCCACCUGGGCACGCACUCGGGGGAGAAGCCAUACCGGUGCGCGGACUGCCCCAAGGCCUUCACGCAGCUGUCGAACCUGCGGCAGCACCGGCGCAUGCACACCGGGGAGCGCCCCUACGCCUGCGACUGCUGCGGGAAGUGCUUCUCCUGGAGCUCCAAUCUGGCGCAGCACCGGCGCCUCCACACCGGCCAGAAGCCUUACGCUUGCGCCCAGUGUGGCAAGCGUUUCUGUGAGAGCGCCCGGCUCCUGGAGCACCAGCGCACCCACACGGGCGAGCGCCCCUACGCCUGCCCACAGUGCCACAAACGCUUCAGCCGCAGCUCCCACCUUGCCCGCCACCAGCGUCUCCAUGCAUCUGUCUCAUGCACAGAGGAGGAGCCUUUCCCUUGCAGCCAGGGCGCUGCGCUCCUCCGACGCCACCAUCGUGCCCACCACAACUAGAACAUAUGGUGCUGGAACACUGUGGCAGCAUUAAAGGAUAUUCCUCGUUCACCUUUAGCUCUGGAUCCCAGCAGUGGCCUGGAGAUGACCUCAAGCACAGUUUCCUGCUUAGCUGCAUGGGCUGCAAUGGGAGCUCAGAUCUUUCUAGGCUUCGGAGAAUCUAAAACAGGAAUGGGAAACUUGUGGCCUUGCAACGGUUGCUGGACUCCAUGGGUAUAGCCAGGGUUUAUGUUAUGGGGGGCGGGGGGGGGCAGGACACCCACCUGUCAUCGUCUUCUGUCUUGCUCUGUCUAGCAGAUUCGGAAUGAAGUGUCUUAACAGCCAUGGUUUUAAAUUACUUUCUUUUGACCCCAAGUGCUCAGAAAAAUCCGUCAGAAUCUUUGGUCAUUUGAAAAAGA